AGGAGGUGGAGGUGGCAGCUGCAGCCAGAGGCUUCCAGGACUGCAGCCUGCUCUCUACGCCCUUCCACCCCUCCCUACCCUUCCCGCAUCCCUGUCCUCCCUGUCUCCCUCGCGCCCGGCCCCGUAGCUUUUCCUCCCUACCCCUUCCUCUCGCCCUAGGCCCGCUCCCUCCCUGGCCCGGCCAGCUGUACCCGGCGUCUGCUGCCGGCCCCGCGGUGAUGGAGGAGCCCGCGCCCGGCUCGGCUCUCAGCCCGGCUGGCGAGCGCACUGGCGCCCAGCGCCCGGGCCACCUCCCCGGGCGCCAGCUGGACCCUCAGGGCCUUCUGAUGUCCCCGGAGCGCGCGGCCUCUUCCUCUCCGGUCACCACCCUCACCCAGACCAUGCACAAGCUCGCUGGGCUCGGCAGCGAUACCCCAACGCAUCAGGUAGGGACCCUGCCCCUUCGAAGUCAGCUGACUCGCCUAUCCCUGUCCCGUCGGGCGUCAGAAUCCUCCCUGUCAUCUGAGUCCUCAGAGUUUUCUGAUGCAGGUCUCUGCAUGGAUUCCCCCAGCCCUAUGGACAUCCAGAUGGCAGAGCAGAUGUUUGAACAGGCCAUCCAGACAGCCAGCCGGGUCAUGCGAAGUGAGCAGUUUGCCAUCAGACGCUUCCAGUCCUUGCCCGUGAGGCUGCUGGGCCACAGCCCUGUGCUCCGAAACAUCACCAAUUCUCAAGCGCUGGACUGCUGGAAGAAGAGCGAGGCCGGUGGCAGAGCUGCCAGCAGCCCUGGGGAGGAUAAGGAGAAUGAGGGAUUUGUUUUCAAGAUGCCAUGGAAGCCUACACCUCCCAGCCCUGCUCGUGCCCUGGCAGAGUGGGCCAGCCGCAGAGAAACCUUUACCCAGAGGCCAAGCUCGGCCCCCAACCUUAUGUGCCACACUCCUGAGAGGAAGAUGGAGGUAGAGGAACUGAGCCCCAGGGCCCAGUCUCACUGCUUCCCCCUGAGCCCUGCUGAGGGGACUGCUGAAGAAGAUGAUGGAUUCGUGGACAUCCUGGAGAGUGAUUUAAAGGAGGAUGAUGCAGUCCCCCCAGGAAUGGAGAGCCUCAUUAGUGCCCCAUUGGUCAAGACCUUGGAUAAGGAAGAGGAGCAGGACCUCGUCAUGUUCAGCAAGUGCCAGAGGCUCUUCCGCUCCCCAUCCAUGCCCUGCAGUGUGAUCCGGCCCAUCCUCAAGAGGCUUGAGCGGCCGCAGGACAAGGACACGCCCGUCCAGAGCAAGCGGAGGAGGAGUGUGACCCUCCCUGAGGAGCAGCAGCAGCCUGGGGAACCCAAAGCCCGGGUCCUCCGCUCAAAGUCCCUGUGUCAUGAUGAGAUCGAAAGCAUCCUGGACAGCGACCACCGCGGACUCAUUGGAGAUUACUCCAAGGCCUUCCUCCUACAGACGGUGGAUGGCAGACACCAAGACCUCAAGUACAUCUCUCCAGAAACCGUGGUAGCCCUGUUGAUGGGCAAGUUCAGCAACAUUGUGGAGAAGUUUGUGAUUGUAGAUUGCAGAUACCCCUAUGAGUACGAAGGCGGACACAUCAAGACUGCGGUGAACCUGCCCCUUGAACGAGAUGCCGAAACCUUCCUGCUUCAGUGCCCCAUCACACCCUGCAGCCUGGACAAGAGGAUCAUCCUCAUUUUUCACUGCGAAUUCUCAUCGGAGCGCGGGCCCCGCAUGUGCCGAUUCAUCAGGGAACGUGAUCGCGCAGCCAAUGACUACCCGAGGCUCUACUACCCCGAGAUGUACAUCCUCAAGGGCGGCUACAAGGAGUUUUUCCCACAACACCCGAACUUCUGCGAACCCCAGGACUACCGGCCCAUGAACCACGAGGCCUUCAGGGAGGAGCUGAGGACCUUCCGCCUCAAGACACGCAGCUGGGCUGGGGAGCGGAGCCGGCGGGAGCUCUGCAGCCGGCUGCAGGACCAGUGAGAGGUGCAGGUGCCAGUCUUGCCACCUUCCUUGCCUGCCUCGCAGAAUCUGAGUGCCAGUGUCUGAGGGGCCUGCCAGAGGCCCCAGGUGCUAGCUGGGGGAAGACAGCACUCCUGGCUGUCUGCCCCGUCCCAGUUCCUCUUGUCUCCCUCCAGUCAUUUUCCACACCCUGGUGUCACCCCUGCCUGGUGGUUUGUGCCAGCUCAGAGCAAGUAUUUGGUGUUCACCAGGGCCUUUUGACUUUUCUUCCUUGUCUGGGUUGCCUCUUUGUCUUUCUGUGUCCAGCAGAGCUCUGUGUGUGUGUGUGUGUGUGUGUGUGUGUGUGUUGCUGGGGGAGCCACAGCCUCUGAUGAUUUGAAGAUGAGCUCUGUCAUGGCCCGGGAGCCAGCCAGCCCCCUGCCCCUGGCACUGACCGGGCCAGGGCUGCCCCUGCCUUCUGCAAGAACCACGGUGUCUGUCAUGUUGACCCUUUCUCUUUUCCUCUUUCCUGUCCUUCCUUACAAGCACUUCCAGCACACACAUAAGCUCUUACUCUUUCCUGUUGCAGAGUUACCUGCAGGCUUGAUUUGUCUGAUUUUACUUGUCUCAGGACACACACCCCGGCUGUGGGGCUCCCCCAUCUGGCUAGGGUUCGAGAUGUGAACAUCAGUUGCCCGCCUGGCCUUGGCUUUUGUUGCCCCAGAAAGGGAUGUCAUUAUCCUUGAAGCCAUCCGGGGCAAAGGCUAAGAUCUGAGUCAGGCCCCCACCCCUGAAGCCCAGCGCCCACUGCCAUGAACCCUGGGCCUGACUGCUCAGAAUUUGCUGCUGUCCUGCCGCGGAUAGAUGGAUGGAUGGAUGGAUGGAAGCAUGGACAAAUGGAUGGAUGGAUGGAUGGUCAUGGAUGCAUGGUGCCUUGCACAUCCAUGUGCACACAAACUGAGUGGAAGCACUUUGGUGAACAUGACAGCCUGCGGCAGGAGUGUGUAUGUAUCUCUUUGUCAGGAGAAGUCUUUAUGCUUAGCAUUUGGAAAUAUUCAAAAGGAAAUGUGAGAGCAGUUAAACCAAGGACCCAGCAACUUCUGGGUUCGCGAUCUCAAGAUGUGGGAAGGGCUGUGCUUGGAGGUGCAGUGCCUCAGCUGUUGGCCCUUGGUUCAAUAAAGCACUGAUGAGCAAGUUAA